UUACCUUCUGAAAAAAUGAACCUUGACUUGAUAUAAUACAUCUAUUAUAAUUAUUACAGUGUUCCUCCUGAGGGGAUGUAUUAUUUUCCCUUCCAAAAACAUUGUGGUGGUACAUGAAGAAACUAAUGAUCAAAACGGACUCUUCUUUUGUAUUCUUUAUUCCUCAACUUAUACAGGCUGAUACAAAACAAUGGGGUAUAUAUACACCCAAGGAGUCAUUGAGGACUAGUCCACAACUACGAGGUGGUAAGGUAGGUAACUUUACUUUGAGUUCUUUAGGCUACAGAGUUGGUAGACUUAUGAAUUAAACUAACCUUUAGGCUGAACCAAAAAAGGAGACUACAAUCUUUAUUUUGGUUAAACUUUGUCCUGGAAGUGGGGUUAUUGAAUUUUGAGUAUGUAAUUGAUAAUUUUGUUUGAAUCACAUUUAUGAAAUUCAGCAGCACGAAAUGAUAAAAUUAAGUGUCAUGGAAAGCAGGAGUUGGUAAAGGGAAGAAAAUGAUUAAGAGACAGAAAUCUUUCUAAUUUUUAAGAUAGAACAGGGGUAACUAAAUGAGAUUAUGUUUAGAGAAUUCUUCGGAACAACCAGUUCCUAUGCUUCUCGAGAGCACUCCAGGGAACUCUACUGCAGGUUUGGUCUCCCGCCGGAGUGUGGGUUUCCACUGUUUCCACUCCGGCAACGGCUAGAUAGGAAGAAGCGACGCCGGCGACGAGAGAAAAUCAGGAAAAAAAAAGGGAGUUUCAGGCGUGGAGGAAGCAGAUCUGUACGCGAUUGGUUCAGGCAAACUGAAUCGGUUGAUGCCGGUGUCCCGACGACCCUUUGGCGAAGUUCUGGCGACGUAUUCCGGCAACCAUUUUCUACCUCAAAUUGCCGGAAUCCAGCAUAGCAAGCAGGAGCUGAGUACGCUAUCCAUAUAUCCCGGAAUUGGACAUGCAUUUCCUAAUCCAGACAAAAUCAUUCAAUUGACUGGACGACCCCAAGUGGAAUUUCAACAUUUUUCAGGCUAUGUCAGUCUUGAUGACAAGAAACAAAGAGCUCUCUUUUACUACUUUGUGGAAGCGGAAACAGACCACCUUUCUAAGCCUCUUGUUUUGUGGAUCAAUGGAGUUAACACUUACUUUUUUUUCUUGAAAUUAAGGGUUAAUUUCUUGAAAAAGUUUGGUUACUUUUUUGCUGUUUGGUUAAUUUCUUGAAAAAGUUUAUAAAAUUUUAUGCACCUGCACUUGUUUUCUUGUUUUCUGUUGGACCUGGUUGUUCUUCUGCGGGGGUGGUGUAUUCUCUGAGAAUGGUCCAUUCAGAUUUGUCAAGCUCAUGAUUGAGCUUAAUAACAAGAAGAAAUUGUUCAAUUUGAAAGGAGUUUGAAGUAAAUAUGACCUAAUGACAUGAAUUUUUAAGUUAUAUAUGCAAUCCAAACUCGUAGGACUGAAGUUUAAGAAAGAGUUACGUCUGAUCAAACGCGUUUUGUUUGUCAUGAGAUCGAAACAUUAGGUCUUGUUUAAUGCUCCCUUCGUCCCAUUUUCACCAUUUCUUUUUUCUCCGUUCAAAAAAAAAAAUAUCACUUUUCUUUAUUUAGUAAUUAGUUGAAGACACAAUUUCACUUUUGUCCUUAUUAGUUUCACUUAUAACGCCCACUUUAUUAAAAAUUGUUAUAGUAAGUCUUUAAUAAAGGAUAAUUUGAAAAAAAUCAUCAAGUCUUUUCUUAUUUCUUAGGCUCCGUGCCUGGUCAAGCUAUGACAAAUAAAAUGUAUGGAGGGAAUACUUUCUUUUCUUCUUGUCAUGAAGCUGGGUAAUCUGGUUUUGGAAUUUGCUAUUGACUUCAACGUGAGGGCUCUGGCCUCAUGGCCUGUAAUGACCCUCAUGGUCAUAUUUUUCAGUAUUUUAAUAUGUUUUCGAUAUGCCGAGGUUUUUCUAUAACUGCCCCAAGUUAUUUAUGACUUGUUGGGACUGAUAGUUCGAUUUCCAAGCAAUUCUUUUGAUAAUUUUAGUAAUAUCUGAAUAUAUUGUGGAUUAUUUGAUUUAAAUUGUUGUUUGAUAGAAAUAUGAUUUAUUGCCUUCUAAAAUAUUAUUAAUAUCGAUAAAAUUAUUUAACUUAUUGAAUACUUAUAUUACCUUACAAUUGCUUUUGUAGUCUAUUAAUAUUUUUAUGCGGAAAUGAUAAAUUUAGAAAUGUUAAACUAAUAUUAUUAUCUAAUAAAGAUUUUGUUAAAAAUAAUUUUUUAUGAAUUAUGAUAUAUUCAAAAAAUUAUAAUUAUUUUACCACAAAGAAUACUUGAGUACGUACUUAAUGAGGUAAAGAUUUAAGUGGCAUUAGCACCUCUACUACACGUGGAGGUAAUGGUAGUAGAUGACACAUGGAUUAAUAUGAGGGAAGCUGCCACUUAUCAUUGAAUUUGGCCACAUAAGUACUACACGUGGCUUACAUAUCAAAUACAUGUUGCUAAAAAGGAUAAAAUCCUCACUUUCUAUCAAUAUAUAUAUAUAUAUUUUCCUUAUAUAUGUAUGGAAAGGUUGCUGCUUCACUAUAUCUUCUUCUCCACUUUGAACAUAUUGUACCUUAUUUUAUUAAAGAAUUUACUAAAUAUAGUUUGCAUGUUUUAUACGGACAUAUAUUGAAUAGGAAAAUGCAUACGGGUACACGUGAAUCGAUAUACUUAGCAGGAAAAUAGUGAUAUUAUAUUUGAUCCUCAAAAAGUAAAUUAAUUAUCAACAUAAGGUUAUUUAAGUUCGGGUUUUAGUAGAAUAUUAUUUGGAGGCUUCUCAUAGACAUUUUAGAUUUGACGUUCAGUUAGGCUGGGCUUACCCUAUCUUUAGAUUGAACUUAAUUAUUGAAAAUGUGAAUUUUUAUGCUAGCUUUAGAUAAGUACUUGUAGUUGCGUAUUAUUUGAUAUAUAUAGAGAUAGAUAAGUACUUGUGUUAUAUAUAGAGCAUAUCUUAUUUAUUCAGAUUUGGACUCCAAUCUAGUAAAUUUUGGUAUUUUAUUUUUUAAUAUAAUAUAACAUCUAUCACUUUAAGAUGUGGAAUUAAAUUGCAAAACCUUAAAUUUGCCCUUUUUAAAACAUGUGUACGGUAAUUAGAUAUAUUUUAGCUAUUCGGGUUUAGUGUAUACUUUAUUUGUGUCGUUGCUUGUGAAUUUUGAUACCAUGUUGACAUUGUUAUGGUAUGGUAUAGAUCUUAAUAUUAUAGCUGGGUAUGGUUACUAUGAGUUUCGGUUUGAGUCCGACAUCUGAUUAUGGUUGUGGUUCCUUUGAAUUCCGGUUUGAGUUUCCCGGUUCGAGUCCAAAACUCAAAGUAUGAUUGUGGUUUCUUUGAGUUCCGGUUCGAGUCCGGCAUCUGAUUAUGGUUAUGGUUUCUUUGAGUUCCAAUUCGAGUUCGGCAUCUGAUUAUGAUUGUUGAUUGUGGUUCUCUUGGGUUUCGUUUCGAGUCCGGCAUCUGAUUAUGAGUUCUAAGUGUAUAUUACAUAUGUGACCUAUCGUUAUUACCCACUAUGUUCGGUUCGAAUCCGGCACAGGUACUCUUGUUAUUUUCUUGAUAACCACAUGUCCUCUUGUUAUUAUCUAUUACUAUCGUUUCGAAUCCGGUAUCUGGCCUCUCGUUACUACCCAUUGGUGCUGGUUCAAGUUUGGUGCACAUCUGGAUGGCUAUCAUGAUUUCUUGGAUUGGCUCAGUUACAGGUUAUUUACGUUUAUUUUCUUUAAUUUCUACUUAUGUCCCACCGUCUUAUAGGGAUACGGUUGGGUUAAAUCUUCCUUAGUGUGUCUAGCGGGCUUAUAGGGAACCAGUUACGUUAUGUUUCUGUGUCUAGCAGGCUUAUGGGGCCCAGUUAGGUUAUGUUUUAUUUGUCUGUGAUUAAUGCGUUAUUUAUUUUCUGUAUCGCUUACUUUUAUUCCUUUAUCUCAUUGCCGUAGCUUGGCAGUUGAUUACCUUUCUGUCCCUUUUUACUGUUGACUUAGAUUGCAUCCUUGCAUUGUAGUUAUACCUUUUCUGUAUUGAGCUCAGUCGACCGAUGACGCAUAUUGAGUGCCCAGUAUAAAAUUUCGCUUGUUUAUACAGUUGAUAGGUUAUUCAAAGGUAAUAAAAAAGGCGAGGAAUUGUUUGUAUCAAUUAAGAAAUGCGAGGAAGAAGAAGUAGCAAUGUGUUUGUGUUUUACUGUUUGAAGAAUGUGGACUACAGGAUUGGUAGAACAUUUGACAUGUUUAUACGGUUGAUAGGUUAUUCAAAGGUAAUAAGAAAUUUGAGGGAAAAAAAGAAGCAAUGUGUUUGUGUUUUAAUAUCGGGAAUGUGGCAUAGAGGAUUAGCAGAACAUUUCCCAUGUCUAUAUAGUUGAUAGGUUUUUCAAAGAUAAUAAGAAUUGCGAGGAAAAAAAAUAAGCAAUGUGUUUGUGUUUUACUAUUUCAAGAAUUGGAACUAUAGGAUUAGUAGAACAUUUCUCAUGUUUAUACGGUUGAUAGGUUAUUCAAAGGGGAUACUCAAAAGGCAAUAAGAAAUGUGAGGAAUUAUUUUACCUUUCUCAGAAGUAAAAAAAAAAAAAAAAGGAAAUGUGAGGAAGAAAAAGAAGCAAUGUGUUUGUGUUUUACUAUUUCGAGAAUGGAGAAUAUAGGAUUAGUGGAACAUUGUUCAUGUUUAUACUGCUGAUACUUGAUAGGUUAUUCAAAGGGAAAAAUACUCAUUCAUGCUACAUUGGCACUCAUGAAUUCCUAAUCAGGCAGAAAGAACUGAAGGAUCAGAAAUAAAACAACUGAUAAUCUUGACUCCUUUUGUUUACUAAAUGUUGUGUCUGAACUCUGCACUAUGAUAAACUAUGCAUUGAUAUGUUAAUUUAUUAAAAUAUAAGUUUGAGGUAUAGGAAUCCAUGUUUUGGAAAGUUGACUGAUAAUGUUAGUAUGUUCACAUUUUAGAUUUGCUUGUUGUCCAAUGAAAUGUUGGGAAGUGAAUAAUUGUCUUGAAUAACUUAUUCUUUAGUUUAAUAGUUUGCAAUCACCAGAGAUUCAUUUACUUAAACCUUUUGGAAUAUUAGUAUAAUGGUUGUGUAGAGCCACUUUGGUAUGUUUUGAUGAGCUUUAAUAAUAUGGUUCAUCUCUGCGUCAUUGGAUAUCUAAAGAAUGAUGGACAAAAGUCUUAUGUAGCAGCAACCGGUGACUUAACGUUUUCUUUCUGCAAAAAGAUAUACAUUUCACAAGCCAUUGAGAUUUCUGACAAUACAUUUGACUUAUGUUAUUAUAUGUUUAUUUAGUGGUUCGUAUACUCGUGAAUCUUUUUCCCAACUGUUUUCUAUAUAUCUUUUUCUGGAGAAAAUAUUGAUUGCCUGAUUUUUUAGUAAAAUGUGGCUUUGCCACAACAUUUCAUUUUGUCUUUUUAAAAAGAAAAUAUUAGAGAUUGAGUAUGUUAGAGCUAUGGCUCCAAGAAAGCAAGAAGAGCCAUCUUUGCAUGACUACUGGGUCAGUGUAGUUGAUGGCCCUAAUUCCAAGUAAACUGAAAUUUGUUUUUCUAGAAACUCAGUGCCAUCCUUGUGAUUUUUAAUGCCUUGUAUAUCAUUCUCUGUUUAAUCUCCGUACCUUGUACUCCAGGCCUGUUGUGCAUUCACUUCACUCCUACAUAUCUCUUAACACUAGAUUAGUAAGGACAACGUUUUUGAUAUUAUUACUUUAUGCUGCUUUGUUCCAAGUGUUUUGAGGUAAAUUUCAUCCUCGUGCUUCCCCCGCCCGCCCAAAAAAAAAAUAUUAUGUGGUGACAGUUAAGAAUGUAAAAGGUCUUCUUUGCAUACAAUCAACUAUUGCCUUAACUGACAAGAUGUUCUUAUUUGACAAUAUCAUUUGCUGUAUUUAAAGAGCAUAGAUAUAUGAGAUAGUUACCUGCUACCCCAUACCCGCCAACCCCUCUUGUAUGUACCAUCUAAGGUUGAGGAAAUGAGCCCUUUGUUAGGCUGCCAAGCUCAGUUCCUCCCAAUAUCCAAGAGCUAUUAUAAUUCCAUCAUCAUCAGUAUGUGGUGGUCAUCGUGGCCAUUUUUACAAGAUUUCAAGCUCAAUCAGCCCUGAUGAUGAUCGUAGUAUCCAUAUAAUUCCUGAUUGAGCUUAUACUGGAUGGCAAUCGGAGAUUGGCUAAGGCUUGAGGUUUACCAGUGCAAGAGGGUCACAUAUUUCUUACUCCUAAUCUUAAAAAUAUUUGUAGCAUUCUUCCAAAUUGGGAAUACAAGUUCUCACUGCUUUUUCUUUGUCUACUGAAAAUUGAAAUUGUUCCAAGGUGGUCUUUUGUUAAAUUGAACUAGCAAAUAAUAAUGAGUUUUUCUAUUGAAGAUAGUAAAAAUAAGCCUCAUAAAUAAAUAAAUAAAUCGAGAGCCAGCAUAAUAGAACUAAAUCAAAUGGUUUCAUUUAUCUGGCUAUUUGAUCUCUGUACCUUGUACUCCAGGUCUAUUGUGCAUUCACUCCACUCAUACAUAUCUCUUACACAUUAGAUUAAUAAGGACAAUGAUUUUGAUAUUAUUACAUUAUGCUGCUCUUGUUCCAAGUGUUUUGAGGUAAAUUUCAUCCUCCAUGUGCUUCCCCCCCUAAAAUAUUACAUGAUGACAUAUAAGAAUGUAAAAAAGGUCUUCUUUGCAUACAAUCAACUAUUGCCUUAACUGACAAGAUGUGGAUCUGAGAUUUGUUGACUGGAUGUUAUGAUGGUUUUGAAAGAUAACCUACAGUUUGUUUAUUCUUAUGCUUAUUGCAUUUUUGGUUUAGAACUCUUGCCUUUUUCUUUUUUAGGUUAUUGUGUCAACCUAACAUUUGAUAGUGCUAUGGAAGGCUUGACGGAUCUUGUACGCAUCUACCAGAGGGCCACAUACUGAUGCAAUUACUUUUGUUUGUGUUGUCAAACCAAGAGGUAUCAGUGGGAUAUAGCUUCUCCUCAGUUGCUCGUUUCUAGCAUUAUACUUUAUGGUCUGCUGUCAUUUUCUUAGCCUUUCAUUGUGAGAUGUAGUCACUGGUUUAUUGAUAAGAAAUGUUUUUGUUUAGUAAGUAUUUGCUGUAGAAGUUCAUUAAGAUUGCAUCUUUCCAGUCUAUAAGUUAUGCUGUUCAUUUCUUUAUCAAUACAUCAAAAGUUCCUAGUAAUGAGGAACGCUAAGCAGUAAGUUUGUGUUUGAACUAUCACAAAGGAGAACAGUCCUUGUACAAGCCCGAAAGGUAUUUACUUCUAUGUUGAGCUAUUAUUGCAAGCAAAGGACAGAAUGAUUAACUCAUGCACUUUCCUUCUAUGCAGAAUUAUUCUGCUGGGAAUCCUUUUUCGAUGUACUUGAAGAACUUAGCAAAAGAAGUGAUUGCUGAUGAUAUUUUUUUUCAUAUUUGGUAUUAAUGAUCUUUAUUUGGAAGCAUUGAUGAAGCUAAGCCAGCUAAAUCCAGUCUUGCAGUAUAGUUAAUAUGCAGGCAAGAGGUGCAUGUGCAGCUUUCAUCUUUGGAUUUAUGACAUUCAUGUCAAUAGGAGGUCUCCCUUCAUUCGUGGAGGAUAUGAAAGUUUUUCAAAGGGAGAGGAUGAAUGGGCAUUAUGGUGUGGUUGCAUUUUUCAUAAGCAAGUUAUCUGCAAUGCCAUUCCUUAUAUUGAUUGCACUACUUUCCGGCACUGUCUGCCACUUCAUGGUUCGCUUCCAUCCAGCGUUCCUUUCCGGCCUGAUGAUGGUCAUAGCCAGUGUUGUCCCUAAUUUCCUCAUGGGCAUCGUCAUAGGAGCUGGCAUUCUGGGAAUAUCUAUGGUGGUUUCUGGAUUCUUCAGACUCCCCCAUGACAUACCAAAACGUUUCUGGCGUUACCCAGUGUCUUACAUGACUUUCCAUUUUUGGGCUGUACAGGGGCAAUACAAAAAUGACUUGAAGGAGUUGAUAUUUGAUAACCAGAGUCUUGAUCUUCCGAAGAUCACAGGUGAAUACGCACUAAAAGAAACAUUCCAGAUUGACGUGAACAGAUCAAAAUGGGUGGAUCUAAGUGUCAUCUUCUGAAUAAUAAUCAUCUACCACGUGAUCUUCUUCAUCAUGAUCAAGAUCAACGAGGAUGUUACUCCUUGGCUCCGAGGUUAUGUUUCUAGGAGAAAAAUGCAGCAGAACGGUGCAACUAAGAAUAACACAGUGGCUCAAUAGGCUCUUGUUUAAUCUUCUUCAAUAACACAGUGGCUCAAUAGGCUCUUGUUUAAUCUUCUUCAAGGAUGGACCAAAUAUCAGGAUCAAAAGCAAUCAAUCAAAUAGAAAACAAAGCCUAUUAUUUGUUUAUUCUUUUUUUUUUUUCUAAGCCAAUAAAAAAAUUUGUAUUUAUAUAAUGUAUACGAGAUGAACAGUGGUUUUUAUAACCUUUGUUCCUUUAUUCUUUUAUUGGUUCUUUUCACA